GUGUAAACAGUUUGGGAAACCACAUCAACCUCCUGGCACCCCGGGAUUUGCCUGAGACCACCCCAGCCAGGGCAGGUAAUUUCAUGUUCCCAAAAUGGGACAUAAGGUGGUCACGUUUGACAUUUCUGUGGUGAGAUCAUUGUGGGAAACGCGUGUCAAGAAACACAAGGCGUGGCAGAAGAAAGAGGCAGAAAGGCUGGAGAAAAGUGCCCUGGAAAAGAUAAAGGAGGAGUGGAACUUCGUGGCAGAAUGCAGGAAGAAAGGCAUACCCCAGUCUCAGUACUGCAAGAACGGCAUCAUAGACACCAGCAUGAGGCUCCUGGAGAAGAUGGAGAAGAACUCACUCACGAGACAGAGGACCUUUACCAAGGCCAGAGACAAACAGAGCAGUCCAUUUGUGUUUGAACUUUCGGGCGAGCACUGGAAAGAGCUCCCGGAUUUUUUGAAGGAGCAGACACACUUGGAAGAAUGGCAUAUACACAGCACCCUGAUUCAAGUCAUUCCUACCUACAUUGAGCUGUUUCAGGCCAUGAGAAUUCUGGAUCUACCAAAAAACCACAUCUUGCAUCUCCCAGCUGAAAUCGGUCGUUUGAAGAACCUGAAGGAACUCAAUGUGAGUUUCAACCAUCUGAAGAGCAUUCCCCCAGAACUGGGAGAUUGUGAAAAGCUGGAGAGACUGGAUUGUUCUGGGAACCUGGACUUGAUAGAGCUCCCCUUUGAAUUGAGUAACCUGAAGCAACUUACCUUUGUGGAUCUCUCUGACAACAAAUUCUCUAGUGUCCCGGUGUGCGUUCUGCGCAUGUCUAGUUUGCAGUGGUUGGAUAUUAGCAGCAACAGUCUGAGCGACCUGCCUCAAGAUAUAGACAGACUGGAGGAACUGCACAGCUUCUUGUUAUACAAGAACAAACUCACCUACCUUCCUCAUGCCUUGCUUAAUCUGAAGAAGCUUGCCUUGCUGGUGGUCAGCGGGGACCAUUUGGUGGAGUUCCCGACCGCCCUUUGCGAUUCCUCGACACCUUUAAAAUUCAUCAGUCUUAUGGAUAAUCCGAUUGAUAAAACCCAAUGCCAGGAUGGCAGUAAAAUUAUGGAAAGUGAACGGGAUCGCCAACACUUUGAUAAGGAAGUUAUGAGAGCCUAUAUUGAAGAUCUUAGGGAAAGAGAAUCUGUUCCUAGCUAUACUACCAAAGUCUCUUUUAGCCUUCAACUUUGA